AAUCAGGGAUUGGUGACAGAAUGGCUAAAAUGGCUAGUAUCUUCUCUUCUGCCACCGCUCCAUAGUCACAUGAGCUCCACAAACCCCACAGGGCAUGGCAGUGUCACACUGUAGCUAUCUGGACAUCAGCUCCAGGACCUAUCCACUGGGGACCCUCAAGCAUUCAGAUAGUCCCUCUCUUGGCCUCCCAGCCUGAUGCCGGGAAUGCUGACUCCUUCAGGAAAUGAAGCAGGAUUGCUCUGCUUCCAGGACAAGAGAUUGGCAGUGUUCUGUUGACAAGUGUUCAUGGUGGACAUCAUCUCUGUCCCCCCUACACAGGUUGGAAGCAUCGAAGACACCAACCAGAUCUUUGGCCUGAGCAAGACAGAGCCCGGCCUCACCUUCUUGUUUGCUCCCUUCGAUGGCAUCCUGGGUCUGGGCUACCCCAGCAUUUCUGCCUCUGAUGCCACACCCGUCUUUGACAACAUGUGGAACGAGGGCCUGGUGUCCCAGGACCUCUUCUCCGUCUACCUGAGCUCUGAUGAUGAGAAGGGCAGCCUGGUGAUGUUUGGAGGCAUUGAUUCUUCUUACUACACUGGAAGUCUGAACUGGGUGCCUGUUUCUUAUGAGGGCUACUGGCAGAUCACCAUGGACAGCAUCUCCAUCAAUGGAGAGACCAUCGCUUGUGCUGAUAGCUGCCAGGCCAUUGUGGACACGGGCACCUCUCUGCUGGCUGGCCCCACCAGUGCCAUUUCCAACAUCCAGAGCUACAUCGGAGCUUCCAAGAACUUAUUGGGCGAGAAUGUCAUCAGCUGCUCUGCCAUAGACUCCCUGCCUGACAUUGUCUUCACCAUCAACGGAAUCCAGUACCCUCUGCCUGCCAGUGCCUACAUCCUGAAGGAAGAUGACGACUGCAUCAGUGGCUUGGAAGGCAUGAACCUCGACACCUCUACCGGUGAGCUCUGGAUCCUGGGUGACGUCUUCAUCCGCCAGUACUUCACCGUCUUCGACCGGGCCAACAAUCAGCUGGGCCUGGCUGCCGCAGUCUAA